AUGACGACCGAAAGAGGCCAGAUUGAGAUGACUGCAAGCAACCUGAACCAGUCAAGUCCAGUGCUUGAUCCAAUCACAAGGAUUGGACAGAUGACGACCGAAAGAGGCCAGAUUGAGAUGACUGCAAGCAACCUGAACCAGUCAAGUCCAGUGCUUGAUCCAAUCACAAGGAUUGGACAGUGUCCGAAACAUCGCCUAGUGUGCGCAACAAUAGGCUCCUUGGACAAGUGUGUGGGACCUGUAUCCUCCUUCAAGUGGCUUCAAUGCGAAGAGGAAAUUGCAUUGAGUGACACUGAGACCAAGGACAGUGAAGGCGAGUCAGAUGACAGUGACACAGCCGUCACAGCAUCAGAGGCUGGAAAUGCUGGUUGUGCAUUAGCUUCUACACUCACAAAACAGGUCCAGGAAACUGCAGAUUUUGCAGGAACUGUGACGUCCACAGUAGAUGAGGCUUUUUGUCCGUCUGAAGGCAAAACUCAUCAAGAACACGAUUCCAGAAAAGUGAAAAAGAAGAUCUGGUCCAAGGCUGAGGUGGCUGCAGUAAUGCGGCACUUCAAAAGUCACAUAAUCAAAGGAAGACUAGCCACAAAAUAUGAAUGCAGUCACUGCAAGAUGGUCGAAGGCUCCGUGCUAGCACAACGAACAGUGCAAAAUAUAAGGGACUUUGUCAGAAACCGGGGAAUAACUGCAAAGAGGCAGACAGAGCAGCAAAAGCUGUAAAUCCACUGACUUGUGUUCAUUUGUUUUUGUUUGCAUUGUGGUUUGGCUGAUGCCUUAACGUUUUAAAAGGCCAUUUGUUUCUAAAAAUGUGUUAUUGCAAAAUGGAUACAUGUAAUACUUCAUCAGAAAAGCUAAUGGAAGUUCAUAAUGGACGUGUGUUUUGUUUGUAGCGUGUAUGGCUGCUAAUAAAAAAAAACUCCAGUUCUGUUAUUCUUCAUUAUUUGGUUAAGCUCAGAAUUGAGAUCACUUAUUUUUAAGUGAUCCCUGUAUAUAUAUUAUAUUGUGUUCUUAUUUCAACAUAUAUCUAAGGUUUAACCUAAUUUUAUGGUAAUAAAAUGAUGGUCCCCCUUAUGCUGUGUUCUGUCAGGUGUGUGUUUUAUGUUAAUGAGGAGCUAUUUAAAAGGUGACGUCAUUGUCCCUUUAAAGUCCCAACUUGGUUUGUUGUGUCCUCAAAUGCCACAAAAGAUUGAUGUCUGCAAAAACCACAACCCAGUCAGGGCCUUGUGUAUAGAGUUCUGUAGCUCAUUUCUACAUUCUAAAGUGAGCUGAAUUUUUUUCAGAUUUUUUAGAGUGUGUUGACCUUACUCCCAUUGCUCUAGGACCUCGGGAAAGGGUAGUCCCUGUUUACCACCACCGGGCCUGUUUGAGGAAAAA